AACGGCUCUCACCGAGGUUAAUCCUCGCCAGUCGGUCAUAAAUAUCAUUAUCGGUCACUUGCAGCUUAAGCAGCGUAGGUUGGUGGACGACAGCUUGAAGCGCAUGCCUGUUGUCUUUAAUCGGCACCGCUGACCGUCCGUCCGUCCAGCAAUACACGCCCCGCCGUCUAGACCAUCGCCGAUUGAACAUCGUCCCCCCGUUCGCCGGCAAGCAACGCAGCACAAUAAUCAGCCGACGUCGUAACAGCAUAACGAACCCGCGAACAGUCUUCGUCGGACCAGCGUUUGAGUAAAAGGCAUCCAGGCAGCUCUACAGCCGGCAGUUACAUCAUCCGAGAUCAACAUGGAGCAGAAAUUCAACGAAUCCGCCGAAAGGGUGAAAUCGUUCACCAAGCGACCGAGCGACUCGGAGCUGCUGGAGCUGUACGCCCUCUUCAAGCAGGCCACCGUCGGUGACAAUGACACGGAAAAGCCCGGCAUGUUCGACCUGAAGGGUAAGGCCAAAUGGCAGGCGUGGGCUGACCGGAAGGGCACCUCCAAGGAUGCCGCCAUGGAAGCGUACAUCAAGCUGGUCGAGGAGCUUACGGCGAAGUACGCGUAAAUGGGCCAUCACAUCACAACUAACGCAACGGGCUUGGGGAAAAAUGGGGAAAAUUUGUUCAGUACUUUUGUUCACUAAUCAACUCCCUGCUACUACUACGCUUACGACUACUGGGCCAUAGCAAUGCUGCCCCGUUCCCGGCGUGGUCCUUGUUCCUUCGAUUCAAAUUUGCCUUUCUCGUUAUCUAUGUUCCUACUUUGGGAGCACCUUGGGGCACUGAGCCGUACUGCAGUUUUGGACCGUUGCUUAUCGGUGAAUCGUGUUUAGCGUGAUCGAAAGAAUUGUUGGUGUUUUUUUUUGUGUGGGAAGAAGGAAGAGGAACCGUGGGAAGGGGAGGAGUUUGCACAAUACGUCAGCUAGGGAAGAUAACAGCCAAAAAAUUUGAUACAGGGGUGGAAUAAGUUUACCAAGUAAAAUAAAGUUAUACAAAUUGUUAUACCGAUGGUGUCAAAA